AUGCACAGCAACAUCCUCUUCCUGCCGUUCCGAAAGUCGCACUCGGUCAACCUCACCGACGCGAUCAAACAGUACAUAUCCUCCAAGUAUGACCAGCAUCCGGAUAUGUUCACGCAGGACCUGGAGAGGAUCGAAAAGCUCCGAUCCCAGGCUACGCAUGCGCAGGAACCGCAUCCAAGCAACAUCCCGAAGCUACAGCAGUACGCGGCGCAGCUGACAUGGCUGAGCGGAAAGUUUCCAGUCGAUAUUGGAGUGGAAUUUCCAUGGUAUCCUGCGCUGGGGUACAACACGAACCGCCCUACUUCCCGAAACAACCUCCGAUUCGAGCUCGCCAACAUCAUGUUCAACCUCGCGGCCAUGUACUCGCAGCUAGCCAUGUCGUCGAACCGAAGCACACCAGACGGACUGAAGGUGGCAGCCAACAACUUCUGCAUGGCAGCGGGCGUACUGGCCCAUCUGCGGAACACAAUUCUCCCGGAGCUUCGCACAGAGCCCCCAGAGGAUAUGGAUGUCAUGACGCUGGAGUCGCUGGAGAAGCUCAUGCUCGCGCAGGGUCAAGAGUGUUUCUGGCAGAAGGCUGUCAAGGACGGCUUGAAGGAUGCGACCAUCGCUAAGCUGGCUGCACGCGUCUCCGAUCUCUACGAUGAAGCGAGGGAAGCGGGUAUACAGUCAGAUGCUAUCAGCAGCGAGUGGAUACACCAUAUGAACGCCAAGCACCACCACUUUGCCGCGGCUGCGCAGUACCGAGCGGCGUGCGAUAGCUUGGAGAAGCGUAAAUAUGGAGAGGAAGUUGCACGGCUGCGGGAUAGCCUCUCGUGCGUCAAUGAGGCUCUCAAAGAACAGCGUUACAUCAACAAGCUCGUACUGGCGGAUUUGAAUGGCUUGAAGAACCGCGUGUCAGAAGACUUGAAGCGUGCGGAGAAAGACAACGACAUGAUCUACCUUCUGCCAGUAACGCCGAAGGCUGAGCUCAAGAUACUGGACCGCGCAAACAUGGUGGUAUCGAGAAUACCGAAAGAGGUGGCCGAAUCCAACUCUAUGCUGGGCGAGCGCGGCGAACUAGGACCUGCAUUGUUCUCGAAACUCGUUCCCUACUCUGUUCAUCUGGCGGCGAGCAUUUACGUGGAUCGCCGUGACCGACUGGUCAAUAACACAAUCGUUGAGGAGCUGGAAGGACUUACAACCCAGAUUCACGAGGUACUCCGGAGUCUUAACCUUCCAGGGUCGUUACAGGCGUUGGAGAAGCCUCUGGGUCUACCACCAGGUCUCAGUGCUCACGCAGAGGAAAUUCGACAACAAGACGGCAUCAACAGGCUACUGCGAUCUAUGGAGGAUACAAAGAAACUGAUGUACAGCGACCAGGCCAUCUACCAUGAAGGUGUUGAUAUUCUCAAGACUGAAGCGAACGACGACGAAGGUGCGCGGAGAAAGUAUGGCACAGAACUUUGGACACGCGCAGCAGCUGAGAGAGCAGCGCCGAAGCUUUACGCCCAAAUCAACGAGAUUGACGGUUACUUCAAAGCAGCGACAAAUAGCGAUAACAUCGUUAAGACCAAGCUCAAGGAGAACGAGCACUUCAUACAGCUUUUGAGCGGACCGGACCACGAUCUUGAGAACUAUGUGCCCAGUGGUCGAAGGCCUGCGAUUACUGGUGAUGUAGAGCGAGAGGCUGGCAAACUACGAGGCUGCUUCAACGAGGUCAGCCGGCUAGAGAGCAGAAGGCGGCGCAAGGUCGAAGUUCUCAGGACCAAAGCAAAGCAAGAUGACAUUAAUCCCGAACUGCUUCGAGAAGCCGCUCGCUUAGAGCGGGAGUACCCAAUGCAGACCAUCGAGGCGGUGCAGUUCGAAAGCCUCUUCGAUAAGCGACUACAGAUGUACGAUGCUGACCAAGACAUGGUCCAAGAGGAAGAGAAGGAGCAAGCAGACGCCAUCAAGCGGUUACAAGACGCCAACGCUGCUUUCCUCGUCGCUCGCCGUGGUGACCAAUCAACGAAGAAGCGCGAACAAGCGCUGCAGAACCUGGAGAAUGCUUAUUUCAAGUACAAGGAGAUCAUCUCGAAUCUCGAUGUCGGGCGCAAGUUCUACAACGAUCUUGCGAAGAUCGUCAGUCGGUUUAGAGACGACGCGCGGAGCUUUGCGUAUCAGCGGAAGUCCGAGGCUUCGCAGAUCGAGGCGUAA